AUGGCCCGGAAAAAAUGGGGACAAGAAAUUUUCUGUGGAAGACAGGCUGAAACUGGAGAAUCAGCUGCAUGAUAUGGCUUUAGCUGUUGAGAGGUUGGAAGGCAGUAGGCAGAAGCUCUUAAUGGAGAUUGACUCACAAUCUACUGAAAUCGAGAGGCUUUUUGAGGAAAACUCUAGCAUCUCAACUUCGUACGAGGAAGCGAUUGGAGCUGCAAUGAGAUGGGAAAAUCAGGUGAAGGAUUGUCUUAAGCAAAAUGAAGAGCUCCGUGGGAUUCUAGAUAAAUUGAGAAUGGAACAGGCUAGGGGCUUCCCUGACUCAUCCAGCGAUGGGGCACAUGUGGCCGUUUCCUCAGCAUCUACAUCAGAAAUGGUGUCCUUGAAGGGUCAACUUGUGAAUGAACAGAGCAGAGCAGAGGCACUAUCCGCACAAGUCAUGCAGCUUUCUGUGCAACUCGAACAAGCCAAACAAGCAUAUGAUGGUCUUUCACGCUUCUACAAGCCCGUGCUGCGCAACAUUGAAAGUAGUCUCAUUAAAAUGAAGCUGGAUGGUUCUUUAGCUGUGCGGUGAUGCCAGUGAGCCUUUCUUGUGAUGAUACUGGGGAUGAGAACCAUUCGCCAGGGAGAGUCGCGCGUGAGAGCCAUCCCUCACACAGCCGUAGACCUGUAUUUAUAAAGCGUGUAACAUUUUUUUUCCUGUGUACCAUCAUUAACGGGUAAAGAACAAGUAUCAAAGUAUUGAGGUUUAUCAAAGAUGAUGAUGAUAAUUUUGUAUUAACCACAUUGUUGGUCGAGAGAUUCAUUUUAUAAAACAUAACUCCGGACA